AUGGGGCAUCAAGCACGCGAAGUCUUUUGUACAUUUGGGCUGACUGAAGACGAAGUCAAGCAGAAGUUCGACAGUCACUUCAUCAAAGAGCGCAACAUUGUUUACCAAACAGCGUGCUUUCACAGACGUCAGCAACAGCCGGAAGAAUCAGUGGACCAGUUCGCGACGGCACUACAUGUUCUUGCGGACCGUUGCUAUUUCGGAGAUAUGAAGAAAAGGCUUAUCCGGGACAAGUUCGUCAUAGGUCUUCAUGACGCGCAACUGUCCGAGGGCAUACAGAUGGACCCGCAGCAGACAUUGGCAUCGGCGCUGGCCAAGGCUCGUCUCAAGAAAGGCGCGCGACAGCAGCAGCAGUGUCUCCGGCAGGAAGGUGUUCACUCUGGUAGCCCGCCGGAACUUCAGGAACAGGGAACCAGUGUGGACGCCGUGAUGCACCAGAAACGACCGCAACAAAGCCUGGGACGGUACUUCUACAGCGACGGCAACGCCCACUCGAGAUCUGCGUGCCCGGCAAAGUCUUCCAAGUGCCACAACUGUGGUAACAAAGGACAUUUUGCCAAGGCCUGCCUCAAGAAAAGGGUGUCCUCGCAAAGAAAGGGUUGCCCACACACCUUGAUAAAACGGAAAGUGUUUCUGGGUGUGGGCGGCCAUAAGCUCAAUGCACUAGGCAAGUUUGUGGCUGAAAUUUCGUGA